GCUAGGAACUACGCCCACUGUCACUUGUGUGCUACCCGGACAUUUGAAGGGUUGCACAGAGGUCCAGAAUCUGUUUCGGCACGCCAUUGUCGAAAAUAGCUACUUUCACGUUCUCUUUACGGACUCGUAACCACAGGCGUGUGUUCCCAGACGAGUUUUUAAAUCUCUUAAAUCACUAAAGAAGAAAUUGUCUCACAAUGGCAACGGACUCCUGGGCCCAGGCAGUGGACGAACAAGAAGCCGCGGCGGAAUCGAUUGGUAGUCUACAGAUACAAGAGAAACCAGAAGAAAAUGGCACAACUUCAAACGCAACAGACUCGGGUAGUGCAGCUGCAAAGACAGAAGCAGAGGGAGAAAACAAGUCCACAGAAGACGAUGACAAAGAUGACAAAGCAGCGCAGUCAUUACUGAACAAGCUCAUCAGAAAUAAUCUCGUCAACAAUACAAAUCAAGUGGAAGUUCUUCAGAAGGAUCCCAACUCGCCGCUGUACUCUGUCAAGUCCUUUGAGGAAUUGCGGCUCAAACCACAGCUACUUCAGGGUGUAUACGGCAUGGGUUUCAAUCGGCCGUCCAAAAUCCAGGAGACUGCCUUACCUAUGAUGCUGGCCGGACCUCCACAGAAUCUGAUUGCACAGUCACAGUCAGGAACAGGGAAAACGGCUGCCUUUGUUCUGGCCAUGCUCAGUCAUGUAGAUCCUGAAAACAAAUAUCCUCAGUGCCUGUGCGUGUCACCCACCUAUGAACUGGCACUUCAAACCGGCAAGGUAAUCGAGCAGAUGGGCAAGUACUAUCCUGAGGUCAAACUCGUCUACGCCAUCAGAGGAAACAAAUUGCCAAGGGGCCACAAGCUGCAAGAACAGAUAGUAAUUGGCACACCUGGUACCAUGCUGGACUGGUGUGGCAAAUUCAGGUUCAUCGACCCAAAGAAGAUGAAGGUGUUUGUGCUGGAUGAGGCUGACGUCAUGAUUGCCACACAGGGUCACCAAGACCAAAGCAUCCGCAUUCAGAGGAUGCUGCCUCAAACCUGCCAGAUGUUGCUGUUCUCAGCCACGUUUGAAGAGACUGUAUGGAACUUCGCCCAGCGCAUAGUGCCUUCUCCAAACAUCAUCAAGUUGAAGAGAGAGGAGGAGACCCUGGACACCAUCAAACAAUAUUACGUGUUGUGCAACAGCAAGGAGGAGAAGUUCCAAGCUCUGUGUAACAUCUAUGGCGCCAUCACUAUCGCUCAGGCCAUGAUCUUCUGCCACACAAGAAAGACUGCAGGCUGGCUUGCUGGGGAACUGUCCAGAGAGGGCCAUCAAGUGGCGCUGCUCAGUGGAGAGAUGCAGGUGGAGCAGAGGGCCGCCGUCAUCGAACGCUUCAGAGAUGGCAAGGAGAAGGUUCUGGUCACUACAAAUGUUUGUGCUCGAGGUAUUGAUGUGGAGCAGGUGUCAGUGGUGAUCAACUUUGACCUACCAGUGGACAAGGACGGUAACCCAGACAACGAGACGUACCUCCACAGGAUUGGCCGCACAGGUCGGUUUGGCAAAAGGGGACUGGCCAUCAACAUGGUGGACAGCAAGAUGAGCAUGAACAUCCUCAACAGGAUUCAGGAGCAUUUCAGUAAGAAAAUCGAAAGACUAGACACAGAUGAUCUGGAUGAAAUUGAGAAAAUCGCCGGAUAAAAGAGAGGGGCGUUAACCGCAUGAAGGACGCCGACCUGACCUCCCUUCCCCUGUUGGCUCCCCAAGGACUGUACGCUCCUACAGUGUUUUAUGCUUUUAUUUUAUUUUUUAGCUGUUGGAGAAACGAGCAAAACCACAGACACGGUAUAUGUUUACACGUGGAUAUGUCUCCUCUCAGACAAGUGUUUUUUGUAAGUCUCGGGAACAUACCCCCAUUCACUCUUCGUACCUCUUUGAAUAAAGUCUGAGCUCUACCUGUGUAUAUCGUGAUGCUGUUAAACCAGCCAUAGUGGACUCUUGUUUCACUGAACACGAGUGGAUUGAAUGAAACACUUUCUGGUGUUGGAUAUAGCAGUGGCAUGCUAUGAGCCAUUCUAUUGAGAGCCACAAAAAAAAAAAAUGAUGUGCCACAAAGUUUUGAAUUUUUAACGAAACAGAAUAUUUGAAUGUAACUGUAUCAUGUUGAUAAUAACAGCAUUUAUUAUGCUCUGUAUUGACCAAAAGUACAAAGGGUGAAUUAGGGUAUGCUGUUCCGAGCUGUAGUUAAAUCAAACAGAUUAUGUUGUUGAGAUGGUGAUGGUUGGGUUUUAAGGGUCUAUGCAAACUUAUCAACCUGUGAUAGCUAUUCUCAAAUACUAUCAAACCUGUAUUCACAUUACAUGAAUUAAUCCCGAAUGAACCUCAGCUUUAGCGUCAGGGUGUGUAGUCAAAUGCCAAAAAAAGGCUGCCUAGAAUGAUGAUACACUACUAACUCGAAGUCAUGGACAUAUUUAAAUAUUUCUGUUUUAAUCUCAAGUCAAUCAUAAGCCACCGACACAUCUCACUUUUCAUUUGUAUCAUUUCCAAAAACAAUACUACGGCCAUUAUCAGGAGAGGCUUAGCGCCACUGUUGAGCAUUUUUCAAGUCUUCUUUUUGUUCCUUCAUCUGUCUCAUAAAACCUUAUUUUUAACUUUAAAAUGUGGCCAUCAAGGUCUGAUGUGAUCAGUGUCCUCUGUGUUUCACUGUCCCUACACUCUCUUUUUAAUCAGGGUCUCCAGUUCAACUUAAGCUCAGCUACAUUCUUCACUCAGACUGUGCUGUUUUAAGGAUUGUGAGUUUAAAAAAAAAAAAAUGCCUUCCUCAAGUGCAUUAUAUAUAUUCAUAUGAUUUUGUUACUGAUAUUCUAAGACAUUGGGCUUGAUAUUCUGGCUAACACUUGAAAUUUUGAGUAUAUAUUGAAUUAUGGGCGUCUUUAGGAUGUGUGAAUUAUCUUGUUGAAACCAAAUGCUGAAUUGACUAGAGGACCUAUGCCAAUCAGAUUCACUGUGUUGCUCCAACAUGGUCGCAUGGAUAGAAAACAUGUACUUGUGUACAUAUUUAAAAUUUUAGGUUUUAAAAAAAAAUAGUGUGACUGGAUUAUUGACAGUUUGUCACUUCUAAGAAGUGCAAAAACAUUCCUCAUGAGGUUCAAUUUUGACAGAUGCAGCACUUGGAAAAGCAGUGAGCAGGAAUUAAGAUCUCCUGUAUGCCAGUGGGUCGUCUUUAUGAAAUAAUGGAAACAUUAACGGCAGUGAUUUGUCAGUUUGAACUUUGUACAAACCUCAUCCGGCUCCCACCUGCACUAAGAAGACUGCUGGUGGUCAGCCUGUUUUCAUGGACUGUUUACCAGCAACUUGCUGAGAAAUCAACUCAACGAGCAGACGCAGCCAAAUAAGAAGCAAGUGAGCGUGUGUUGAAAAUCCACAGGAAUGGUCUGUGAAGACUUUUGGGUAAAUAAAAUAAAAAAAUCAAUGUAUGCAGUUUUAUUUGGACAUUUGGAUGUAAACAAUAUCAAUGAGAGUGUGUGCACUUGUUGAUCCAUAAUGUAAUAAUACCGCUGUACGAGAGCCAUGGACACACUAAGCAGUUUUGGUUGUAGAAGCUAACACUCCUCUCCACAGGCUGUAUACCUUGUUUGAUAAAUGUCUGAAGAAUCUACCAGAACCCGGUUCAUACAUGUAUACAUACAAGUGACGCUGCCUAACCAGGUUUAAAGCAAGUCGUCUGUUGUAACCUGAAGGUCAUGUGUAGACAGUGAUAGGUUCAAGGUGUGUGGUAUUCUGUAGCUGAGCUGCGUUCAUGGACACAGUUAUGUAUUCUUAAUAUGUUGAAUUAAAGAACAUAUAGAUGUUCAUCUGUA